AUAAUAAAAAAAUAAAAUACAAAAAAAAAUUUAAAUUCUUCUAUUUAUAACAAAAGUGGUUGCAUUUUGUAUACAAAAAAGCUGGAAGCAUCAAGCCCAACUGACAUUAAAUUAAUGAAGAUGUCAGAUUGUGAAGAAUUAACACCGAAUAAAAAAAAAUCACCCCACAUAAUUGGACUUGGUGUAAAUUGUAAUGCCGGUGAUUCUAGUGAUAGUGGUGAAUCAAGAAUACUAGAAAAACCACCAAAAAAGAGUGUCUUUAAGAGACGUAUUAAUAUUUUAAAUUGGAUUGGAAAAUAUGACAAAAAUAUUGCAAUUUCGGACUUGAUUGCAGGUUUAACAUUGGGUUUAACUAUAAUUCCGCAAAGUAUAGCAUAUGCGUCAUUAGCUGGUUUACCAUCUCAAUAUGGACUUUAUGCAGCUUUUAUGGGUGCAUUUGUUUAUGUUAUUGUUGGAACUGUAAAAGAAGUCUCAAUUGGACCAACAAGUUUAAUGGCAUUAUUAACAUUACAAUACACAUACAAUAAACCACCACAAUUUGCUGUUAUUUUAGCAUUUUUAUCUGGAAUUGUUGAAUUAGUAAUGGGUCUAUUGAAUAUUGGUUUCAUUGUGGAUUUUAUUUCGGAUCCAGUAACGAGUGCAUUUACAUCAGCAACUGCUCUUAUCGUUAUUGUUUCUCAGGCUAAAAAUUUAUUGGGUAUCAGGAUACCAGCAAAAGAUAUUGCAGAUACUAUUAUACAAUUAUUUGCACAAAUUCAAGAGACCCGAUUAGGGGACAGUUUGUUGGGAUUAGCUUGCAUUGUGUUCUUAUUAAGUCUUCGACAAUUGAAUCUUUUGAAUAUCAAUAAAUCUCGACGUGUGCUAAAGAAGUUCUUAUGGUACAUUAGCAUAUCGAGAAAUGCUAUUUGUGUUGUUGCGGCUUCUGGUGUUGCGUUUUACUUGACUCAGAUUUAUGAGAACGAAAAUUUACCCAUAAAAUUGUCUGGAAAUGUUGAAUCUGGUGUUCCAAGUUUUUCUUUACCACCAUAUACAAUUGAACAUGAUGGUGUCACAUACAAUUUCUUAGAUAUAUUAAGAGAACUUGGUUCUGGAAUAAUAAUCGUACCAUUAGUAGGAAUGUUGGCAAAUGUUGCAAUUGCUAAAGCUUUCGCGGCCGACGGAAAUUUGGAUGCAUCACAAGAAAUGUUUGCAUUAGGCCUAUGCAAUAUUGCCGGAUCAUUCUUUAGAGGAAUACCAACUUGUGGAGCAUUUACUAGAUCGGCUGUUAGUAAUGCAAGUGGGGUUAGAACACCAAUGGCAGGAAUUUAUUCAGGUGUAUUAGUUUUAUUAGCAUUAAGCUUAUUUACACCAUUCUUCAAAUAUAUACCAAAGACAACAUUAGCAGCAGUCUUGAUAUGUGCGGUUGUAUUUAUGAUGGAUUUAAAAAUAGCGCUGCGUUUAUAUAAAAAGAGUAAAAAAGAUUUUAUUGGAUGGUUAUGCUGUUUUGUUAUAAGUUUGGCAUUUGGUGUUGAAAUUGGUUUGUUAAGUGGUAUUGUAAUAUCAAUAAUUUUCUUAUUAAUGAAAUUGGCAAGACCAAAAAUUGUUAUACAUAUAAAAGAGAUUGAUAAAGUCGAGUAUAUUCAUAUUCGUCCUUCAUCAGAAAUUUUCUACACAGCAAUAGAUUAUUUAAGAUUAAAAGUAAAUAAAGCAUGCCUUGCCUCAAAAUAUCGUUAUCCAGUUGUAGUAGAUUGUGAUAAAAUCAGUCAGUUAGAUUAUACAUCAAUUAAAACAAUUAAUCUGUUAGCGAAAGAACUGAAUGCACAUGAUGUAACGUUAAUUAUACAUAAUAUGCGUAAUAAAUUACAGAAAUAUUUGGAUGACAGUCAAAAUAUUAAAUUCUGUUCAGGGAAGCUGACGACAGCUCUUUUCUCCAGAAAAUCAAUAUCAAAUGAGUCAUCAGAUAGAAGUUGUGUAUAAAUGUAUUAAAUUAAUUUAACAUUAUUGUUCGUUUUUUUAGAACAAAGAAAAUUGCUAAAUAUUUUUAUAUUAUAAGAAUGAACAAUUAUACAAACACUUUAUUCAAAUAUAAUUUUAAGAGAAUCUCUUAAAUGAUUAACAUGUA